CAACGUAUUUUAGAUGAUUAAGAUACUAACAAACAAUCAUGUUGAUUUCUGAUCAUCUACUUAUUGGAGAAGAAAUUUUUUUAUAUCACAUAUAGUCACCAGGUGGCUUAGAGAAAAACAAUGAUUUUGAUGCCACUGUUUGAUAAAGGCAGAAAAGGAUACCCUAAUCCGAAUAUGAACAGGUCUUCUCCAAUAUGAACCACAAGUACAGAUUUUUUAGAGAGAGAAAAUAUCCCAUACUGCCACAUCUGCCAUUGGCUCCGCUUGCCUCCUUUCACAUAGCCAUUUCGUAAAAGGAAGGAUCAAAUCACAAACCCAAUUCUCAUUUAACCAUAUCAGUAUGGCGGCUGCUGCACUUCCUUCCAUCAGCUCCCCCUCUUCUUCUGCUUCUUCUCCCAAUAUUCAUCCAUCACAGACAGGUGCUCGAGCACAUAGUCCAUCCUUCUUCACUGUCAGAUCAUAUGGGACACUGAAGAGGAGACAACCAAACUCUCACAAGGCUGUUCCAGGAGGCAUUAAGAUCCUAUGUGCAGCAACUAAGCCUGCAAAAUCACCAGCUGAAGAGGAGUGGAAGGUGAAGAGAGAGUUAUUGCUGCAGAAGAAGGUGAGGAGUGUGGAGGUGAAGGAAGCUCUUCGACUUCAGAAAGAAAACAACUUUGUGAUCCUCGACGUGCGACCAGAAGCUGAAUUCAAAGAGGGUCAUGCACCAGGUGCUAUCAAUGUCCAAAUAUACAGGCUUAUAAAGGAGUGGACGGCCUGGGACAUUGCCAGGCGUGCUGCUUUUGCAUUUUUUGGCAUAUUCUCCGGCACAGAAGAAAACCCUGAGUUUAUUCAGACUGUCGAUUCCAAACUUGGAAAAGAUGCAAAGAUAAUAGUGGCUUGCUCAGCAGGAGGUACAAUGAAACCAUCACAAAAUCUUCCUCAAGGUCAACAGUCGAGAUCACUGAUAGCUGCAUACCUGCUAGUCCUCAACGGUUACAAGAAUGUCUUCCACUUAGAAGGGGGUCUCUAUACAUGGUUCAAAGAGGGGUUGCCAGCUGAAGCUGAAGAAGAAUGAGUAAGCAUUGUAAUCUUUUCAGAAAUCAGAAUGGUGCUUCAUGACAAGCAGAAGUUUUGCCCCCUAGCAACGGAAUGUUAAUUCAGGUUAACAGAUUGGCAACAUUACUGGUCUGGUGUGUGCAUCCUAAGAUUGGUAUCUUCUGUAAAUGACAAUGCAACGUCUGACUGUUCUUCGUCCCUCUAGAUUUUAGGCAAACAAUUAAAGGAACUAGUGGUUUUACCCGACCCACUUAGGAAUAUAACACGUUAGCUGAUAGGCAAAGCUGGAUAAUCCAGCAGCACUAUAGACCAAGAAAUUUAAGAAAGACAG